AUGGCAUUUUCGGUAACUGCUAUUUUAAUUGCUUUUUAUGUGUUGAUUCUUAUCAUAUUUAAAAAAGAAUUGCAUACAGUGAAUCGUUUAUUAACAUGUAAUACAUGUUUAGCAUCUAUUUUAUAUUGUCUUGUACAAUUUAUUGAUUACAUUUAUCUUUUAAUAAUAACAUGGGAUACAGAUGAUCAAUCAUGUCGAUGGCGGGCUUAUUUUUCUUAUAUGUCUUUGAUUUCAAUUAUUUAUUCUUAUGUUCUUCAAAUAAUAUCAAGAUUUUUCUUUAUUAAUUUAUAUGAAAAAUAUCGUUGGUUAAUUUCAUUUAAAUCACAUAUUUAUUUAAUUUUAUUUGGAUGGAUUAUUAUAUUAGCGUUACCAUUACCAUCAAUUAUAACAAAUGAUAUUUAUUUUCGUCCAAAUGAACUUUGUUGGGUUUUAUCAGAUCAUAUAUUACAUUCAUAUUAUAUAAAUAUUGCAUAUUAUAUAAUACCAAUUUUAUUAAUUAUUAUUUUUAGUAUUCUUAUAAUGAAGCGAAUAUAUAGCUAUAGAAAAACAACAACAAUACAACGUGCUAAGAAAAGAAGAGAUCGUGAUUCAGAAAUCUUUCGUAAUAUAAUUAUAUCAUUUGGUAUUUAUUUUCUCGGUGGUAUUCCAUAUAUGAUUGAUCAAUUUAUAGAUAGUCCAUUUACUUAUUCAUUUGGUGUUGUUACUGUUACACUUGCUGUUAAUUUGGAAAAACUAUUUAUUAUUUACCUUGACCGAGAUAUUCGAAAUAUUAUUAAAAAUUAUUUUUAUCAAACACAAACUCGAGUUAUACCAAUAACGCUUAAUCCUACUUUUACUGCUCGUUAA